AUGAACGGUGAACUGGACUUCGACAGGUACAUUUCUGACCCGCUCACCGUCGGCGGGUACAAGGCGGACUUGCGACUGUACGUGGUGGUGACCUCGCUGCACCCCAUGACUGUGUCGGUGUACAGGGACGGCAUCGUUCGCUUCGCCACCUCGAAGUACGUCGGGAGCCCGCACCACGACCUUUUCGGGCACCUGACCAACUGCUCCAUCAACAAGCGGUCGCCCUUCGCUUCGCAAGAGAAGGACGUCAUCGGUGGCGGUUGCAAGUGGACCCUCCGACGGCUCCAACGCUGGGUGGAGGAGUCUUCUGCUCACGGAGUGGAGCGGUGGGACCGGCUGUGGGCCAAGAUCCGGUCUCUGGUGUGCCUGACCGUGCUCCCCCUGGCGGACGUGGUUCCUGGCGGAGUAGGGCACGAUAGCUGCUUCGAGCUUUUCGGAUUCGACGUCAUGGUGGACUGCAGGCUCUCCAGGCCGCACCUGAUAGAGGUGAACUGCUCUCCCGCCCUUGGGCUGGACGAGCCAGCCGACCGGUAA